UAUUAUUUUACAAUGGCGGACAACAGAAAAUAUGACAGCGGAGCGCAGAAAAGAAAGAAGAGAAAGGAAAAAGAGCAUCGCACCAAAGAGGCGACAAACAAAAUGCCUAAACUGACAGGGUUUUUUAAACCUGUUAGCGGAGAUGGAGCAGAAACAUCAUUAUCCCCCGCUCCUCAAACCCUUAGCUAUAACACCGGCACUAAGAUCCCGCCAGAAUCUUUAACCGUGACUGAGUCGGUGGCUGGACUGGCGUCUGUGGAGUCAGAGUUGGUGGAAGCGGGAUCUUCUUCCGCAGAUGGAAAGACGACUGUGGAUCCGUACAGUACCGAUCCGGCGCAUUGGGGGGAAAUUGACGAGUCCGUGCGAGCUUACUGGGCUGAGCGAGGACCGGAGAGCUGUCAAAAUAUGAAUGUUGGCUUUCAAGCAUCAGAACGGGUGUACAAGCAUCAAAAGCGUCACUUCUCCAAAUCUCACUUUAAACGCAAGAUGUUAAAUGGUGAGUACAUCGAAAGACCGUGGCUGCUUUACUCUCCAUCCACCGGAGCUGCGUUUUGUUUUGCAUGCCGCAUUUUCACCAAUGCUAAUACUCAGUCAAACUUUGAAACUGGUUUCAGUGACUGGAAGCACGCGACUGAACGCAUGAGAGAGCACGAAAACAGCGAACAUCAUAGAAAAGCUAUGCUGACAUAUGUUUCACUUGCAGCAGCCAGUGGGAGGAUAGACACAGAACUGCAGAAACAAUUUGAAUCUGAGUGUUCAUAUUGGACUGAAGUGUUGAGAAGAGUUGUGUCUGUUGUCAAGUUUUUAGCAGAGAGGGGACUGGCUCUGAGAGGAGCCAGUGACAAAUUUGGAAGAACUGAUAAUGGGAAUUAUCUGGGAAUACUGGAGUUAAUCAGCGAGUUUGAUCCUUUUCUGAAGUCUCACAUAGAGAAAUAUGGAAAUGCAGGUUCAGGGAAACCCUCAUAUCUUUCUUCCCAAACAUGUGAGGAAUUUAUUCAGCUGAUGGGUGAUCGUGUUCUAUCAGAAAUAGUGAGUGAAGUAAAAAUGGCAAAAUACUUCUCAGUCUCUGUUGACUCCACGCCAGAUGUGGCACAUGUUGAUCAGUUAACAUUUGUGUUAAGAUAUGUGUCACCUGAAGGACACUCGCAGGAACGCUUUCUGAAGUUUCUACCAAUUGAAAGUCAUACUGGGGAAGCUUUAUGUGCGUCUGUACUUAAGGUUUUGGAAGAGAUGGGGAUUGAUAUCGCAAACUGCAGGGGGCAAUGCUAUGAUAAUGCUGCCAACAUGUCAGGAGUAUAUAAAGGACUACAAGCACGUAUAAAAGAACUCAACCCACUAGUUGAAUGGGUUCCAUGUGCUGCACAUACCCUGAAUUUGGUUGGAGUUAAUAGUGUUAACUGCUGUUUUGAGACAGCUGAUUUUUUCCAGUUUGUGCAAAACUUAUUUAAUUUUUGCUCCAAGUCGACAGCAAGGUGGAAGGUGGUAACAGAUGGACUGCAGCCUAAUGCAAACAAGCGCAUUGAAACAUUGAAGUCCCUUUCGAACACUAGAUGGGCUGCACAUGCAGAUGCCACACAGGCAGUGCAUAUUAACUAUGCAAACAUUCAAAAAUCAUUGAAGAAUAUUGUAAAUGACACAAACCAAAAUGCAGCAAUAAGAAAUGAAGCAAGAUCACUUGAUAAAAAAAUGGACAAGCUUGAAACAGCUUUUAUGUGUACAUUUUGGCAUAGCAUUUUACAGCGCUUUGAAAAAGCAAGUGCAGCUUUGCAGUCUGUGGAACUGGACUUGUGUACAGCUGUGGAUUUGGUGGGAUCCUUGCGGGACUACAUUGGAGGUCUGAGAGAUCAAUUUGAUAGGUUUGAGUCUCAAGCAAAGAAGUUGUCUCCAACAGUUUCACAAGCUUACAGAGUUACUGGUCGAAGAUCAAAGACUCCGAAACCAUUUUUUGGAGAGAGCGCCACCUCAGAGGGAGAGAUGGAGAACUGGAUCAAAUCAACGGCGUCAGAAACAAUGGAGGCUGUGUCAUCACAGCAGAGAUGUUCUGUGGUUUUAAAUGAUCCAAGGAGGAGUGAAAGGAGCACAGAGAGCAGUGGAGGAACUCUGACCAUCAAGCGGGUGUUCCAAACCUCAGCCCGAACCUGUGCCUGA